CCGCGUGUGUUUGUUUUGGGGAGCCAGCUCGGUGCCUCGGGCGAGCCCGCCAGCCCGGCCGCCGUCCCUUGCACGCAGUGGGGCGGCCGCAGCAGCAGGCACGGUGCCUCGCGCUCGGGCUCUCUCUCCUCUUCAUUCCGAGCGGGCUGGAAGGGAGCGAUGCAUGUGAUCAGGCUCUGCUGGGGGACAAAACGGAGAAGCCCAGCGGCGCUCGGGAACUGAUCGCCUUCACGCCGCCGCUCCCGGCUCGGAGGAGGAGGAAGGCGCGGCGAGGUUCCUGCUGCUUCUGGUCUUCGUUUCUCGGGGAAGUGCAUCGGCUGGGGGCUGGGGCAGCUCGCUUCCGGCAGAGGAAGGUGGGAGAGGGAGAGGGGGCCGCCCCUUGAGCUUGUCUGCACACAGUGCCCGAGUGCAAAGAGUCGGCUGGCAGAGGAGGAGCGCGAGAAGUAGCGGCGGCGGCACUCGCACCGCCUGCGCCGCCAGCAGCAAACUCUUUAUUUCCCAUCCAGCUUGUCAAGGCGCCCCUUCGCCCUCCCCUUCAGCAGCAGCAGCAGUAGCUGAGCGGCAGCAAGAGACCACCUCGGGGAUGGCUUGCAAGUUGCCUCUCUGGGUGUCCGCGUGAAGGAGUUCGCUCUCUCUCUCUCUCUCCAUUUCUUUUUUGCUGGGGGUGGGGAGCGGGGGCUUUGCUUUUCAUUAGGCAGCCGAUGCUCCACAUCUUAGACCCCGCGGCAGCCCGGUUUUCUCCACCGCCGCGCGAGGGCAAUUGGGAUCGGCCGGUUGUGGGAGAAAGACCCCUCCUUCGCUCCGGCCCCCAGUCCAUCCCGUCCCAUCCUCACACAGGAAGAGGCAGCUUGUUUGGCCUCUGAGAUCGCUAGACCUGCCCGUUGGCUUGCUCGGCUGGAUCGCACCGCAGAAACCCACGCUUUUUGGCGGGGGGCGGGCGGGGUGAGUGCGGCAGAGACACUCCCAGGGUGGUGCUUUUUGUUUGAUUUGAUUUUUUAAUUCAGUUGGGUUGAGAAGAGAGAAACCAACCGUGAAGCGCCCCUCCUCCUCCCCUUCACUGAAAUCUUCCCGAGAUAGGCAAACAAGGUGGGAGUUUAUAGUGGGGUCUUCCGCACUUUCCUUCCUUUCCUGUUCGCUCCGCUGCAGUUUGGCACUUCGCAGGCGAUCCGGAUUUCGGUUUCGCUUGUGCGCACACACACAUGCGCAGCCGACACGCAUCCUUGCAGGACUGAGAUCGCUAUUUUGGCUGUGCGAGCUGCAUUUGGGACUGGGAUAAUACGCAGGCGCCUCUCCUGCUCUCCAUGAAAUCGGAGCGGAAUAAAAAGUGACUUUCCUCCACCCAGGAUUUAAAGUGGAGAGGGGGUGCGUGCGGCGGGCUACGAGUCUUCCCUGCGCGCUUUUGCCUUGCCUAGCGCGGCGGCGCACAGAGAGCCAGCGAGAGUCGGGAAGGAAGGGCAGCCCGGCAGGCGUUAUGGCGAGGAUCUGGGGAGCCCGUGUAGCGGCGGCUGGAGUGCUUUUACUUUUGCAGUGUUUUGCUGACCGGUUACAGCUAAUCGGAGCCCUGAAGCCGAAGCAAAGUCAUGGUGCAUUUUAUGAAAUGGCCCAGAAUUUCCCUCGAGUGGAGGAGAAUGUGCGUGUGGAUUCCUACAGAUCUAGCCACAGAUGGAAACGACAUUCAGAAUCUCUAAAAUCGGUUGACACCAACAGAGCCAGUAUGGGGCAAGACUCCUCAGAACCUGGGAGCUUUACGGAUCUGCUACUGGAUGACACACAUGAUAACACUACUCAGAUUGAGGAGGAUAUGGAUCACAAUUACUACACUUCUAGGACAUAUGGCCCGUUUGAUUCUACCAGCCGAGAUCUGUGGGUGAACAUAGACAGAAUGGAGAAAGAUAAAGUGAAAAUUCAUGGGAUCCUCUCCAAUACCCAUCGGCAAGCAGCAAGAGUGAAUCUAUCCUUCGAUUUUCCAUUUUAUGGCCAUUUCCUACGUGAAAUUACUGUGGCAACAGGGGGCUUUAUAUAUACAGGUGAAGUUGUGCAUCGAAUGUUAACAGCAACGCAAUACAUCGCACCCUUGAUGGCCAACUUUGACCCAAGUGUGUCACGAAAUUCAACUGUCAGGUACUUUGAUAAUGGUACUGCGCUGGUAGUCCAAUGGGAUCAUGUUCAUCUACAGGAUAAUUACAACCUGGGCAGUUUCACAUUUCAGGCCACACUUCUUAACGAUGGGCGUAUCAUUUUUGGUUAUAAGGAGAUUCCUGUCUCUGUGACACAGAUAAGCUCAACAAAUCACCCUGUGAAAGUGGGACUGUCAGAUGCCUUUGUGGUAGUCCACAGGAUCCAGCAAAUUCCCAAUGUCCGUAGAAGAACAAUAUAUGAGUACCAUAGAGUGGAACUUCAGAUGUCAAAGGUCAUCAGUCUAUCAGCUGUUGAGAUGAUUCCUCUACCCACUUGCCUCCAGUUUAACAGCUGUGGGCCCUGUGUCACGGCUCAGAUUGGCUUCAACUGCAGCUGGUGCAAUAAGCUCCAAAGAUGUUCCAGUGGAUUUGAUCGUCACCGGCAAGACUGGGUAGAUAGUGGCUGUCCUGAAGAGUCUAAAGAUAAUAUCUGUGAGAAGAAUGUAGACACAACUCAAAUGCCUCCCCACACCACAAUUGCUAUACAGCAAACUACAACGAGGUUCAGAGUCUUAACUACUACCAAAGGAGCCAUGACAUCCCAUCUGCCAACUAGCCUCCCUACAGAAGAUGAUACCAAGAUAGCUCUACACCUAAAAGAUAAUGGAGCCUCAACAGAUAACAGUGCAGCAGAGAAAAAAAGUGGAACUCUUCAUGCUGGCUUAAUUGUCGGAAUAUUCAUCCUGGUCCUGAUCGUCGCAGCAGCAGUUCUGGUAACAGUUUAUAUGUACCACCACCCGACAUCAGCAGCCAGUCUCUUCUUUAUUGAGCGUCGGCCAAGCAGAUGGCCUGCCAUGAAAUUCCGGAGAGGAUCUGGACACCCUGCAUAUGCUGAAGUAGAACCAGCUGGCGAGAAAGAAGGCUUCAUUGUGUCAGAGCAGUGCUAGGACUGGCAAGGCAGAUCACCAGUACUGGCCUACAGGUGUAAGACGCUUACUCUGCCUCUCAUUAGAGAAAAGGAACCCUAAGCUGCUGUGACCUGAGAGAGACAGAAUGGAUUGCUGGAUACACUUUCUCCAAGGAAAACAAAGUAUAUGGGAUUUCUGGUUACCCUUUCACAGAGAAUUUUCAGAGCAAAUUGGCUUAAAGCAUUCUAGCCACACAUCAGAAAGGUCUACACUAUGAGAAUGAUGGACAGAAUUGCCAUGCUCUUGAUUUAGGUAUAGGAGAGGCAAAGUAAUCAAGGAAAUUUAGAGAAAGCUUUAGUUCAGAACAGUGCUUCCCUAUGUGAUCCAGCACUCUGGUGUGUUUGUGUUGUUUUUUUAAACUGUUACAAAUAGUUCCUGCCCAGAGGCAAUGGUCAUCAUUGACAAGGCCACUGGUAAGAUCAAUCUGAUGCAGAUAACAUAGCUGAGCAAUUUUCUAUACUUCCAUGAGUAAUACUGUUUUUGACUUUUCCAUUCCAUAAAAAUGAUAUAUAUCUGGAAAUAGUAGAGUGUUUCUUCUAUUCUGUAGGCGUAUAUCCCUUGAACUGUGAUUUUUUUUUUAAUCACAAUAGUUGACAAAGCACUAGAGUGGUGUUUUUUUUAAGCAAGAAGGUUUUCACUAUGGUGAAAUUGGGCUGGCCAACUGAAGUGUAGAGUGAAAUUGGACUAAUAUUCAGUUCCAAUGUUCACAAAAGUGUGGCAAAGGCAGCCAUCCUAAACACACUUAUUUCAGAGUAAGUCCCAUUGAGUUCAGUGGCACAGACUUUGGAGUGACUGUGUUGUAGGAUCUGGCUGCUAGUGUCAGAGAUACUGCUUAUGCUUCUGAAUGGUGGGUUGAGGCAGAAAUGGCAGAUGCUUCUGGCCGGUGCUGGAAAAUACAGCCAUGGAACACAGGUGACAGGAUGAGAAAACGUUACAAUUUAUAUCUCUUGCCAUUCCAUCACAAAUAGCUUGAGAGUAGCAUCACUGGUUGCAACGCACCCCUCUUCAAGACAAACAUUAGACAUGUUGCAAAUCCCACAUAGUAAUAUUGUUUAAUGCACAUAGUAGCUGCAUAAAUAUAUAUAUAAAUAUAUAUAAAAUAUAUUUUUUUUAUAGCUAACACAAGGCAGGCUCUUGUGACUGUUAAGAGUGCGUUUUUGCCAUCCAGACGAUGGAAAUAGAUUGCAUUGGUGCAUAUUUCCACUGAGUUGUAAAAUAAUCCUUAAUAUUAAAAUAAAUUUUUAUGUUACAUAGGGAAUGUGGUUCAUUUAACUGCAGUGCUAUAACUUUGCCUGCCUGUUGGAGCCACUGUUUCUUUAACAACAAAACCCUUUCCUUCUCUGACUAGGGAAAGAUAGUAUUUUUUAAAAACUCCCAGUGAAAUAUUCCUUUGAAUGGAAAGGGGUAAAUAUACACUGAGCUACUAAAACUUCUUUUCAGAUUUUGUAUGGACAUUUCAUUGUGAACUUUGCGGUUCAUUAUUUUCAUAUACAUACCAUAAGAGUAGAGGCACUUGAAUCAUGGUAAGAUACAAUCUGCAGUUUCGGGGUUCAAGUUGUAUAGAUACAUUUUCAGGUACCACUUCUAUAACAUAGUUAAUUACAUUUUCAUGUCAAUACUUGUAUGGUUCUCUUUUUUAAAAAGAAAAAAACUCAUGAUUUUUACUUGUUAUUUCCUUCAGUAAAUAAUACAAUACUGUA